AUGCCUUCCGUGGCUCCAUACACGAUCGCCGUCCCAAACGAGCAACUUGAGCAGCUCAACCGGAAGCUGGAACACGCAACAUUCCCCGAUGAGCUCGAUGCCUCGGGCUGGGAUAUGGGUGUUCCCCUCGAUGAAAUCAAGAGACUUGUCACCGUUUGGCGUGACAGCUUUGACUGGCGUGCGCAAGAACACAGAUUGAACGAGCAAUUCAAGCAUGUCAGUAUCAAAGUGGGUGUAGAUGGGUUCGGUGAGCUGGAUAUACAUGCCGUGCAUCACCGCAGCGAGAACCCCAAAGCCAUUCCACUGCUGUUUAUCCAUGGAUGGCCGGGCAGCUUCCUCGAGGCGACCAAGCUGAUCCCACUGCUCGCGAAGGACGACGAGGAUGGCCCAGUAUUCGACAUUGUGGUACCCUCGUUGCCCAAUUUUGGAUUCUCACAGGGUGUCAACAAGAGAGGCUUCGGACUAGCUCAGUACGCCGAAACCCUCCACAAAAAAACUUCCCCCUCAACUAACCCCGACCCAGCAAUCCAAGGCGGCGACUGGGGCAGCAUGAUCGCACGCAGCAUAUCACAAUACUACCCAGAACACACGCAAGCCAUUCACCUAAACUUCGUGCCCGUCAUCCCGCCCUACCCAUGGCGAAGCCCCUACCAAUUCAUAAAGUCUCUCCUAUCAGUGCCCUUCUCAGCGAAAGACCGCGGCUUCAUCGCCCGGUCAUUGGGUUAUUUCACCCGCGACAAUGCAUACAUGAAAGUACAAGAGACUCGGCCCCAGACACUGGGUUAUGGGCUUCAUGAUAGUCCUGUUGGAUUGCUCGCUUGGAUCUAUGAUAAGAUGCAUUCGUGGUCGGAUGAGUAUCCCUGGACUGAUGAGGAAAUUUUGACUUGGGUGAGUGUGUAUUACUUUUCUACGGCUGGGCCGAUGGCGUCGACGAGGAUUUAUUAUGAGGCUUCGGCACCGAAGCGGUAUGAUGGUGAAUGUAACAGUGAAGGUGAGAAGCUGCAAAAGGUGGAUUCCAGGUAUAUUUCGCUUCAACAGGUUCUUGGGGCGAGGGCUCCGCAGAAUGUGCGCUUUGCUGUGGCGCAGUUUGCGGAGGAACUUGUUAUGUUUCCUAUGGCUUGGUAUCGGUCUAUUGGAAAUGUGGUUAGGGAAACGGAGUAUGAUCAUGGUGGUCAUUUUGCGGCUUGGGAGGUGCCGGAGUUGCUGGCGGCUGAUUUGAAGGCGUUCCUGGGUAAAGAUGGACCGGCCUACGGAGCUGUAGGUGACAGGGAUGGAUAUUGA